AUGAUUAUUGCUCGAAACCAGCUGCAUGAUCUUGGUUUCAUUGUAAAGGCACUGUCUGUCAACGGCAUCGUUUUGGACGAGGCUCUUGUCGAUGGACUUCACUGCGAAGCAGUCGCCGGUGACGGCGGAAUGACACCUGAAUACGACGCCGUACUUCCCCUUCCCAAUCUCUUCCUUCACUGUCUGCAUGAUCUUGGUUUCAUUGUAAAGGCACUGUCUGUCAACGGCAUCGUUUUGGACGAGGCGCUUGUCGAUGGACUUCACUGCGAAGCAGGCGCCGGUGACGGCGGAAUGACACCUGAAUACGACGCCGUACUUCCCCUUCCCAAUCUCUUCCUUCACUGUGUAAGCUCUCCUGAGUGCCUCAGUCAUCCGUUUCUCUCUCUAGAAACACGCAGUGUGUACCGUUGUGGAUGUGGGGUCUAUAAAUAUAGACAGGUGGUUGGAUUUAUUAUAUUCCGCUAA